AUGAGAAUUCAUCCAACACCCAAGAACACAAACAUCAUGCUAUCCUACGACAUCGUUUCCGGUCUAUCAGAUGCCAGUUUACUCGACCGCCGUCAAAAGAAGCUCCGUAGACUCCCUCACAUAUUCGCCAAAGUUCUAGAACUUCCUUUCAACUCCGACACCGACGUCUUCGUAGAAGAAACUUCCGAUUCCUUCCGUUUCGUGGUCGGCGGCGCCGACAACACCGAUGUCGGCGACGACAUCACGGCCCAUCUAAUUGAGAUCUAUCAUGGAGUCACCAAGUUAGUGAUUACUGAUCAUAAUCGUACUUUUGAUAUAUCGGAAAAAGCGGCGGCGGCGAUCGGAGGAUUAAUGGAACUCGACAUGUGGCGAUUCCGGCUGCCGCCGUCAACUAGGCCGGAGCUGGCGACGGCGGAUUACAGUAAUGGAGAACUGGUUGUGAUAGUUCCUAAAGAUUCCGGUUCGAAUAAUAAUAUUGGAGAAGAACAAGUCUGGGCUGAAGGUGGAACCGGCCGGCUUGUUCUUGCACAGUAA